AUGGGUUAUCAAACGGGUUUCAGAAGUGUCGAAGGUCGGAGAGGUCCUGAUGUGAAGAUGCAGUUUGUUCCACAGUUUCAGACCUACAACUGUAAAGGAACAAAAGCAUGCAGCACGGUGCAGCCUACAUGUCCUCCAUGUCCUACAGUAAAAUAUGGACCUUGUGAUAGAUGUGAAGCAGGCUGGGAGCAUCAUGGAGGAAAGUGCUAUCAUUUCUCCAUCAGUAAAUCCUCCUGGAACCAGAGCAGAGCUGAAUGUAGAGCUGAAGGAGGAGACCUGGUUAAGAUAGACAGCAGGGAGGAGCAGAAUUUCCUGGAGAAAAGACUGAGAGAAAUGAACAAAACUGAGAGAAAUGAACAAAAGUUCUGGAUUGGACUAAUACACUCUGCAGAAGAAGACAGAUGGAUUUGGAUAGAUGGAUCACCACUGAACAAAAGUUUGACUUUUUGGAGCAGAAAUCAGCUGGACACCAGGAACGGGACAAACAGGGAAAAUGCUGCCGGACAAAGCUGUGUGAGGGUCGGGGAGAAAGGUCGUGCUCCUGACCUGAAGCUUGCAUCCUGCAAAAAGGCUCAAAGUAUUUGUGAGAAACCAGCAGUCUGA